AUGAGGCUGGGAACUCUGCUUCGGGUUUGGUACUCCGACGACAACGUGUGGCAUGAGAGAGUGGUGCUACUCGAAGGCCGGGGUCCUGACGUCUUUUCUCCAGACGAUGAUGUCUACCAGGAGGAUCUGGGGGGAGCUGCCGUAGACGGCCCUGAAAAGGUCCGGGAGAUCCCCUAUGGUACUCGUACCCGCUACUCGAAGCCAGUCUACAAGUUUCGUGUGGACAUUGAUGAGAGCUUCAUUCGCGGGAACGUCCGGAGAGCUUGGGAGGAUUAUGUGACCACCUAUGGUGUCGCCCCUGAGACUGACGGCCGGGAGUUGCCGGAAGGCGGCUCCUUGCCUUUGAGCGCACUGGCUCCAGGGAAGAGUCGCAGGCGCCUGGUCGCAAAGGGGCCCCAACUCAGGUCUGGGAAUGCUCCAGCUGGGCAGUCGUGGCGAAGCUCGGAGACGCGAGGUUUGGUUCAGCUAGGGGAUCGGCUUGUCUUUUCGGAUGCGACAGAUGUGGUGCUCGGCCCUAACGAUGCGGCUUUCCUGAGGGAGGGCAAAUGGCUGCGGGGAGAGAUCGUGGAGGACAGCCUCCUGGAUGAUUGGAUCUCCGUGCGGCAGGCGGAGCUGGGACAUCAGAGUGCUGCAACUGGUGAGCAAGCGGAUCAUCAGAUGGAGCCCAUGCCCAAGGAGCAGGAGGAACGUGACCUUCGCAUAUUGCCGGUGCUUUUUGAUAGCGCAGAGGAGCGGUGGAGGACAUUGUCCGAAGCUGUUCCACUUUACGAGGAGGUGGACUUCGAUGACUUCCCGCUGCAAGGACCCAGGACGAUGCAUCGGGACGUAAGACAAUUGCGUCGUAUGGGGAUGGAUUUUGUUCAGCACCACGAAUCCUGGAUUAAGACAUCCGGUGUUAGAGCGACAGACCGAUCAGUUCAUGAACAUGCCUCGAUUUGCCGCGUGCUGAACUUCAUGGCGUCGUACGACCAGCUGAACAUCGUCUCGCUUGCAUCUGCUGAAACUCUCAACCGUGGCCGGGCACUGAUCGAAGUGGCACACCAGGGGAGGCCGGAGGCCCCCUCGUAUGAGAGCGCCGAGGACAUAAUGGGGGUCCGCCCUCACUCAUCAUGCAGCUCGUCGCCAAGCCGCCAAGGCUGA